AGUCGUGUUUGAGCCGUGCUACGAGUCGCACGUAUGUUCCGGGUUGCUCCGCGUGUGUAGUGAUUCUAUUUUUAAGUGACUUCUUUGUGCUGCUAUUAUUUCCGAGGAGGACAAAACAAUAGUAACUGUUGCUUUGAUUGAUCAAAAUUCUAACGGGUUAUAAUCGGAAAACAAUCGCAUUUAUCGGCCGUUUUGUGGAAGAGAAUGGUAGCUAAUUGAAUUAAGCAGCUUGCGGUGCGCAUUUGAGCUGGAUUGGAGAAGAAUUGGUAGAAGCAGAGUGUGGCUGUGUUUGUGUGUGACGGAACGCGUACUCUUCUACGUGCCAGUGCCCGUCCAAGGAAAUCUCGUCGGUCGACGGGACGGAUGGAAGGAAGAGUCCCGCCGGUUCGGACCAACGUAGCUACGAUACGUGCACAACAACGCCCCCCGAUGAUGAUGAUGAUGAUGAUGGAAAUCGUACAUGUGUGCCUCGGCUGGUGCUGAUGUUGUGUUCAGGGCAGUAGGUAGUUGGAAGAAUUUAAUAUGUGAGCUGCCAGAAGAAGGAACAGAAAAUACGAGCUGUAAUGUAAUCGAGUGACGGAUUACGAGAUUUAUUGAGAGAUUUCAGUUCGACUAAGAGUUGUGAUAUAAACCUGGAAUUUAGGUUUGUGUGAAACAGAAAGUGCUGAUUUGCUACUAGAAAGAGUGAAUAGUUUGCGUCCAGUUCGAGGAUUGUUGUCGAAGAAUUUAUGUUCGUUUAUUGAUAUACCUACACGCAUCGCAGUCCUACCACCAUAUCUCCAAUUCCCGAAAUCCAAUACAGGUUCAACCGGUCUCCAUUCAAAACCUACCACACGGCAAGCGUAUUCGUACAAUCUUUCCACCAUUCACUCACUGAGCAACUGAGCUGAGCGAGCGAACCCAUGAAGAAUAAUGAACAAAACUGCUGUCUUAUUCAGGAGAUGAAAAAAAUCAUAACAAGAGAUCUAUGAUCGGUUCGAAUUGUGGCUCUGCGUGAGUGUGCGUGUGUGUGUGUCGGUCCCGAAAAGUUCUAAACAAGAAUAACAUCAUCAGGCAGGCUAGCAGGCAGACAGCCACACAUCUGGAGACAAGAAGACGAUCCGAGGUCCGAGCUGAGAGACGUCGUCGUUGCGUGUUUCGAAGAAAUUGGUGUGUUUUUUAUAGUUCUUUUCGUUUUGAGUUUUGACAAGUGAGGAAGCUUCAAAACAUACAGGCAGUGUUCUGUGUAGCAGUUCGGAAGAAGCAAGCAAGAAGAAGUGAAAUUGGUAGAAAUUGGUGAUUGUUUCUCGGGUGAAGAGAAGAAGAUACACGCUGGGACUUGGUGAAGGUUUCGGGUGUUUUUCCCCGGAAAGCUAUGUUCCCAGUGGAUCGACAGCUCGGUAGCAGAUCGUGGUGCCAGUAGUGAGGCUGAGAAUGACGAGAUGGCCUACGGGCCGAAGAUUUCGCGUUUGUCGCGAGCAGCAGCUGAAUGCCCCCGGCGAUUUCCGGCGGUCACCGGCGGCGGCGACGGUGGUGCUGCCACCAGUAGUCGAAGAUGGAUGCUAGUGCUGAUGAUGUUGAUGAUGCUGGUGCUGUCGUCACCCAAUGCAGGAUUCGCCAGUGCCUUCUCGAGCCAGUUGCUCUACACCACGUACAUCGACAUUCGGCUGGCGAAUGUCACCAUCCAGCAGAACACCACCUGUUCGGUGGAGAUCCUGGUCAAGGAUCUGAACGAAGCGUCCGCCAUGGACUUCUACUACGAUCGGGGGUUGGUAUGCUUCACCGAGCACAACUCCGAAACGAUCCAGUGUGCCCAGAUGCGGGACGGCCCAUUGCAGGCCGUCAACAAAACAGCUGUGAUAACCCACGGGCUGGACAAGCCCGAGGGUCUAGCGAUAGAUUGGUAUACCGAUAAGCUCUACUGGACUGACGGAGAGACGAACCGCAUCGAGGUCGCCACACUCAACGGAAAGUUCCAGAAGGUGCUGUUCUGGAGCGAUCUGGAUCAGCCACGUGCCAUAGCUCUAGUACCUGCCAGACGGUUCAUGAUCUGGACCGAUUGGGGUGAAAGUCCAAAGAUAGAACGUGCCAGCAUGGACGGCGAUCCUCAGUCGAGGGUGGUCCUGGUGCACGACCGGAUAUUCUGGCCCAACGGUUUGGCCGUUGAUCUGGAAAGCGAACUGAUCUACUGGGUCGAUGGAAAUCUGCACUUUCUGGACGUGAUGAACCUCGACGGUAGCAAUCGGAGAACCCUGGUCAACAACCUGGACUACCCGUAUAGUCUAACCUUCGCCCCAAACUACCUCUUCUGGACCGACUGGCAGGAUGGCACUCUUCACUACUACAACAUAGCCACAGAGAAGCACGAAGAAAUCAUGGACAGUCCAGUCGUUCCGAUCACCGUUCAUGCGUGGGACCACCGCCUUCAACCGGCAGGGGACAACCCCUGUCGUAGAAACAAUGGAAACUGCUCACAUCUCUGCCUUCUAUCAACCAACAUGGCUGGGUACAGUUGCGCCUGUCCUACCGGGGUCAAACUACUCACCCGAACUCAGUGCGCCGAUGGUCCUCAGGAUAUGCUAUUCGUCGUGCAGCGAACUCAAAUCAGCCGGAUAUCUCUGGAUUCACCGGACUACACCAGCAUCCAGCUGCAGCUAGGGAAAGUCCGCUACGCGAUUGCGAUCGAUUACGAUCCGGUGGAGAACUAUAUCUACUGGUCGGAUGAGGGAUCGAAUGCUAUCAAAAAGGUGCGACCCGAUGGGACGGGAAUGGUAGAGGUGGUCAACACGGAGAUCCAAAGUCCGGACGGUUUAGCGGUGGAUUGGUUGGCGCGUAAUCUGUACUGGACCGACACGGGAACCGAUCGGAUACAGGUUUGUCGGUUGGAUGGUUCCUUCCGAAGGGUGUUGAUCUACGAACAUCUGGAGGAACCACGAGCGAUCGCGUUGGCGCCCACACUGGGCUGGAUGUUCUGGAGCGAUUGGAGCGAGAAGGAUCCCAAGAUCGAGCGGGCCUCGUUGGAUGGGACGGAGCGGGUGUUGAUCGUUCAGCAGAACCUCGGCUGGCCGAAUGGAAUCGCGCUGGAUGUCGAGGCGAGGAAGAUCUACUGGUGCGAUGCCAAGCUGGAUAGGAUCGAGGUCGCCAACAUGGACGGUUCGGGAAGGAAUAUAAUCCUGUCGGAUAAUCUACCGCAUGCCUUUGGAUUGAGUAUUUUGGGCGACUUCCUGUAUUGGACGGAUUGGCAGCGCAGGUCGAUUGAUCGUGCGAACAAACUGAACGGCAAUGAUCGUACGGUUAUUGUGGAAGCAUUUCCGGAUUUGAUGGGACUGAAAGUGGCCAAGUUGAACGAAGCAAAGGGCAGUAAUCUUUGUGGUGUUCGCAAUGGAGGUUGCUCCCAGCUGUGCCUUAAUCGACCGAGAGAUUACGUCUGUAGAUGCCAGAUCGAUUACGAGUUGGAUCGCGAUAACCGAACUUGCUUCAUCCCAUCGGCGUUCCUUUUGUUUUCGAGACACGACACGGGCAGUAUUGGAAGGAUUUCGAUCGAUAGUCACAACCACACGGACUAUGCUCCGUUCCGGAGCGUGAUCGACGCACACUAUCUGGACGUAGACAUAGCUGAUCGUAGGAUCUACUGGGCUAGCCAGAAGCAGAAGCAUAUCUCCCGGGCGUACAUCAAUGGGUCCAACGUGGAGAAAAUCGUCGAAUCGGGUUUGAUUCAACCGGAAGGGAUCGCUGUCGAUUGGUUAGCUCACAACAUCUACUGGACGGAUGCGGAAGCUCGUCGGAUAGAGGUGGCUAGGCUUGACGGAAGCAGUCGGAGGAUUCUAAUUUGGAAGGGGAUUGAGGAACCGAGGAAUCUGAUUCUGGAGCCUCGACGUGGGUUGAUGUACUGGGCGGAAUGGCCCUCGGAUUCCAUCCGGAGGGCUGUGAUGGACGGGAGUGAGUUGAAAACGAUCAUUUCGGGAGCGAAUCUAGCAACGGGAUUAACACUGGAUCCGGACACUCGACGCCUUUACUGGGCCUGCCAGAGUUCUCCAACGGCCAUCGAAUCCGCCGAGUGGGACGGCAGUAAACGUAAGGUCCUGGUCACGGCUGAUUCCGACAACCCGUUCGUUCCGCACGCGGUCACCCUGUACAAAGACUACGUUUACUGGAGUGACUGGAAUACCGGAGAAAUCGAACGUGCCAACAAGACGACCGGUUACAAUAGAACCAUCGUUCAUACGAACCUGAAGUAUACCAACUCGCUGCUGGCCUUUCAUCCGUUUCGUCAGUCCGGAUCGAAUCAAUGCCGCACGAACAACGGAGGUUGUUCGCAUCUGUGCCUUGCCCUGGGACAACGGAAGAUGACCUGCGCGUGUCCAACGCACUACACCUUGACGGCAAAUCGCGUAUCCUGUAGUCCUCCGAAGAACUAUAUCAUCUUCAGUCAGCGGAAUUCCUUCGGACGGUUUAUGCCGAAUACGACGGAUUCGCCAGAUGUGCCGCUCCCUGUCACAGGCAAGAACAUCCGGGCCGUGGAGUAUGAUGUUGUUACGCGUUACGUUUACUGGAUUGACGGUCGCGGUCCGAUAAUUCGGCGAGCGUUCGACAACGGAACCAGCGCAAAGGUGUUCAUAGAUCCGGCUUCGUCUCCGUUCGAUAUGGUCAUUGAUCCGAUUGGACGCUUGCUGUUCUGGAGCUGUUCGCACACCAAUACCAUCAACAUUACGAACUUGGACGGCGACAUCGACCGGAUCGGUAACGUGGACAUCGGUAACUCGGAGAAGCCCCGUAGCCUGGCGCUGCACCCAUCCAAGCGAUUACUGUUCUGGACCGACGUCGGCACUGCCCAGUCCAUCAUCCGGGCCAAGUUGGACGGCACGCAGCGGAAGGAAUUGGUUUCCCGACUGGAAGGUAUUACCGCACUGGCACUGGAUCCGCUGGCGAAUCGACUGUUCUACGCCCACGGCAAACGUAUCGACAUGAUGGACAUCGAUGGGAAUGAGAUCAAAACCCUGGUAGCCGAGCACAUCAGCCUGGUGUCGUCGAUUGCUGCCCUCAACGGGUACAUCUACUGGUUGGACGAACGUCCCGGGAUGGAGCGGAUUUCCGUGAACGGUGAGAACCGUCGAACGGAGAUUCAGAAGAUACAGCACAUUACGGAUAUUGUGGCUGUUUGGACGCCGGAAGCGAGGAUGUUACGGAACCAUACGUGCAACUCGGUGAGGGCCAAGUGCAGCCACAUCUGUAUCGGUGCGCCGGAUGAUGCCAAGGGAGAGGACGUUUGCGGUUGUCCCCAGGGGUUGAUGUUGAUGAAGGAUCGUCGGAGUUGCGGAGCGCUGCCUGUUUGUGGGCCGGAUCAUUUCACGUGUGCGGCAACGUUCUCCAGCAAUGCAAUGGAUGGGGACAAUAAUAAGGAUUGUAUUCCGGUGUCGUGGCGGUGCGACGGGCAGAAGGAUUGUCCGGAUCGAUCGGAUGAACUGGACUGUCCGGCCUGUCGGGCGGAUCAGUUCAAGUGUCAAUCCGGGGAAUGCAUCGAUAAGCAUUUGGUUUGCGAUGGGACGACGCAGUGUUUGGACGGGUAUGACGAAGCGGUUUGCUGUAAGAAUCCGGAAGACUUCCAAUGCCCGACGAGCAAGGUCUGCAUCUCGUAUCAUAACGUGUGCGACGGAGAUGAGCAUUGUGCAAAUGGGGAGGAUGAAGCGCCGGAGAUUUGUGCCGAGUAUAACAAUAGGAGGAUAGUUCCAAGCGGAAGCAAAAUCACCAUGUUGAUUGUAGUGGUCAUAGCGGUAGCUGUAGUGUUCAUAGUCGUCUACCUUCUGCAGACCUGUAGGUCUCGGUUCGGAGCGGGAUCGUCGGAACCGAAGGAAGAUCAAGCUGCUGCGCCUCUGUCACCUGGAGGCCUCAACAAGAACAUCCGCGUAUCGAAGCUGACCUCCGUGGCGGACGCUGUCCGGAUGUCGACGCUCAACAGCCGCAACAGCGCCAACAGCUACGAUCGGAACCACAUAACUGGUGCUUCUAGCUCAACCACCAACGGUAGCAGCCUCAUCGGCUAUCCAUUGAAUCCUCCUCCAUCACCGGCAACCACUGCUGGCUCCGCUAGGUACUCUUCCAACUACCAUCCAUACAAGCACUACAAAAUCAUCAAUCAACCUCCUCCGCCAACGCCCUGCUCCACGGAUGUCUGCGACGAGAGCGAUUCCAACUAUACGAGCAAAAGCGCUCGCAGUAGGGAUCGCAUCGGCGGAAUGGGUGGUGGAGGAAGCCUCGGCGGUGGGGGAACCAGCAGCAGCAGUGGCCGCGGAGGUACCAGCGGCAAGUACAAACACAAUAGCCACAGCGAUCGGUACGACUCGGAACCGUAUCCGCCGCCACCGACGCCGCGGUCACACUACCACAGCGACGUCGGCGGGAUGCUUCCGGAAAGUUGUCCCCCCUCGCCGAGCUCGCGAAGUUCGACGUACUUUUCGCCACUACCUCCACCGCCUUCGCCGGUUCCGUCGCCCUCGAGGGGAUACUCAUAGCGGUAAGUUUUACAGAUUAGCCGGAGCAGUUUUUGAGGUUAGGUUUGUGGCUAUUUUUGUUAUAGCAGAUUAUAUAGGAUAUCUAUAUUCGGAUAGUUUUAUGUAAAUAUUUAUUUACUCUCGACGCGGUUUUCAAAGUUUUACGAUUAGCAAUAUUAGGCUUAAAGCGACCCCUCCUCACCUUUAAGCGCAGAGAAGUGCCUACAUUUUUGAAGGUGGUUCACCUGCAUUGCAAACAUCUUGUCAGCAACAUUAUGACUUCCUCACCAUGAACAGCCAAUUAGAGUUAAACAUUUAACCUUCCGUCUUCCAACGAGUUGAGAAAUUCAUUGCCCUUUUCGAAAUUAGUGUUCGAACGGUUAACGAGAAAACAAGUGCCUAUUAGCGAUUAUGUGGAAUUUAGAACAAAAAUUCGAAGCCUGUUUAGUAGAUUUAGAGUUUAGGCAAAAACAUCACUAUUUUACUCGAGUUGAUCGAUUUUCAUUUGUAAAUACCUUUUACUAGCGGAAGGGACAAGCAAAACCCAUCACUGAAUUAUGAUUUCAUGGCAACUACCUACUUGUAUUACUUGUUGUACGAUUCAGGGUACGAUUUUCCGUUUGUCUGAAGCAAUGAAGAGCACAUUUUCCUCUAAUCGCCCCAAUUCUUCCUACUAGAAUAUUUUUGCAUCAAAGCCCACCCCACCCUAACACGAUGAACUCAUUCUAGUGCGUGUGUAUAGAUCGUAGUUUUAGUUAAAUAACCCUCGCAAUAUCUAUUGUUUGUUUGGGUGUGUUCGGUAGCCGAACCAACAUCCAACAAAUCAACGUUCGAUUUCUUCAUCCUAAUUUGUGUUAUGUUAUAUCUACAUGUAUUUAAUCGCACAUUAAAUACGGGAAAAUGUGCUCACAAGACUGACUUUAGAAAUACAUAUGAAAACCAACUGGCAGCAAACUAGAAAUUUAGAGAAACCCUACCUUACAAACGAAGAGAUGAACAUGUGAACAUGUGUGAAUGUGUGUGUGUGUAAAUUAUAGCUAGCUACAUUAUAGCCAUGUUUGCUACCAGCAAAUCAAAUGGGAUGCCUCUAAUCACGAGCUUACAACGAAAACAAAACGGAAAUAUGUAAUUGUUAAAAGAAAAGAAAAAAAAAUAGAAAACUUGUUUAAGAACAGAUAGAGAGAGAGUAUACAAGAGAAUUAUAGUUUUUUAAUUGUUGUACAAAAAAUAUACAAAAAUGA